AAGAAAAGCCUGGGGGAUUCCCCAGUCUGCCUUCAGAAAUAUCACUCUAGAAGCAGUCACAGCUUCACUCUGCUCUCACAGUCCAUCCUGCAGAGAGGCACACUGUUGCUGCUCUGUGAUCGAAGCAGUAGAAGCCAUGUCUUUGGGAGUCCACGCUCUGCUCAUCAUCCUGUGCAAUGUUUGGUGCUUGAUCCGUGGGACGUCUGUGAUGAUCCCAGAUGUUGCUGUGAGGUGUGCUGAGGAAGUGGUGCUGCCCUGUAAAGCUCUUCAGGACUCCUCAAUCUCCUACCAGACAGCGUCUUGGUAUAAAAUGGCUGGAGAUAGUGAAAGAAUAGCAUGGGAAGUCCUUGAUGUGGAAUCUCAUUUUCCAAGAGAAGCUGGGGGGUCUUUGGAGCUCUCCAAUGACACCUCCUUUUCACUGAGGAUCAAAAAUGCAACAGGCGGAAACAGCGGGACGUACAAGUGCGCUCUGGGGGAGCAGAACGGAGAACACAAUCUGAGCAGCACAGUCACAAUAAAAGUAACAGGCUGCCCUGGAAUAGAAGAGGACAAACUAAAAAAAUACAAAAGCGAGCUCUUCAUGCUGACUUGCCUUGGGAUUUUUUACUUGCUGCUCAUCUUCUUUACUUGUACAUGUCUAAGAAAAGAGAGUAUGUCUCCCAAUUACCAAAAAAACAGACCAGAUAUGAAGCACAUGCUCACCCUCAUCAAUGUACAUGAAAUAACAACUUUCCAGCAUUUAAACAGUGACAGCACUUGCAAAAAUGAGCUUACUUCAAGUUCUGUCUAAGUUGACGUUGAUGGCACUGCGGACUCAUCAGUAAACAGAAGCUGGGUGGUUCAGUGGUAUGAAGAGGGAAUAAAUGAUAAUAUAUGGUCUCUUCAGAACAGCCUGGAAGUACAGGUACCUUGUCAGUGAUCUGCUUGUGCUGGACAAGCCUUUGACAAGCACUGUUAUGCACAAUGGUAACUUUUGAGAGUUAGUUAGCUAAGAAAUACCUUUACAGCUACACGUCAUGUUACAAUGCUGCUAUGAGGUUGUUAUCAACUUUAUUUCACUCUGCUGUGAAGCCCUCCUUUUGUGAGCAAGAAUAUGCUUCUAAGAUGAAGACUGAGUUAUAGGGAGGCCAUGGCGGUGCAAAGCCAGCAGAUGAAGCUCUUCACUGGACUGAUAUCUCCCACCCUUCCAAAGCAAACACAGCAGGUGCUGUGGUAUGAAAUGAUAAGUGUGCAGGGCUGUCUCUGCUCUGAGCCUGAUCCUGGAUGGAGUUCCUUUAUUGCAAAUGAAAUGUAAUCCAUCAUGUAAUUUUCAAGUAGACUGAAGAGGUGACUUCAUGCUCUUGCACUGGAUGGAUCAAAGCGACAUUCACUCUUAAAUCUUAGAGUGACAGACAGGCUGAGAAGGAAAAUCUUCUCAAAAUCUUUCUGGACUGAAUGAACUUUUUAUAUCAGCAGGAAAAAUAGGGACAUAUUUUCCAGGUUAAUCUAUAGGAAGCUUCAAUGAGACUGUUAAUCUCAAAUAAGAAUGAAGAAGACUGUGCUAUUACGGACAUGUAAAGAUGACUUAGUGUGUGCUUUACAAAAUGUGGAGCCAAACAUAUACAACACUUAUGUCAGUCAAGCUACAUGAGUGAUGACCAAAUCCAUGGCUUGGAAGAAAUCAACCAACCGUGUCUUUGUGAUGUACUAAGUUAGCUAUGAGAUACAGGAAUGGAAGAUGGGACAUAUGGGCUUCUGGUGUUGGCAGUGUAUGUAUGUGAAAAAGGACAUGAGAAAAGCUGAACUCAGGCACACCAUAAAGGGGAGAGAAGAUUUGCCCUUUUGGACCAAAGCAAGUGAUCCUAGGCUCUGAAUCCAAGGAACCUUCCUCUAUGGGAUUACUUGUGCAGAAGGUGAAGGAAGGGACUGUGGUUGCUUAUGCCAUAAUAUCAGAAUUUUAGCCCAAACAUCAGAACUUGCAUACCCUAAAGUGCACAGUCUUAAAAAAAAACUUCAAGAACUG